GUAUAGUCAGGUUAGAAGACCAAUCGAACUGUCUACUGAUUUUACCAUCGAUCGAUAACAAUGAUAUUCUUCGGCGGCAAAGAUAUGUUCGAUCCAGUGUCUUGCACUUACACUUAUUUGUUGGCCGACGUCGACUCUAAAGAAUCGGUGAUAAUCGAUCCGGUGAUAGAAUGGGCCGAGCGCGACUCGGAACUCAUUCGAGAGCUGGGAUUGAAUUUGGUUUACGCAUUGAAUACUCACGUGCACGCGGACCAUAUAACCGGCACCGGCACAUUGAAACGACUCUUGCCAGGAUGCAUGUCCGUUAUAUCGAAAGAAAGCGGUGCGCAAGCUGAUAUUCUGUUGAAUCACGGCGGUCGUGUGCCGUUUGGCAAAAAUUCCUUGACAGCCUUUAUGACUCCUGGACAUACGGCAGGCUGCAUGACCUACGUCUGCGAAAAACAAGGAAUCGCGUUUACUGGCGAUACUCUGCUGAUUAGAGGCUGCGGCAGAACAGACUUUCAGGGAGGAUCAUCUGAAACAUUAUAUCAGUCCGUGCAUUCGGUAAUCUUCAAGUUGCCAGAUAACUUUAAACUAUAUCCGGCUCACGAUUACAAGGGACUGACAGUAACAACAGUAGCUGAGGAAAAAACUUACAAUCCGCGGCUGACUAAAUCCCUCGAGGAGUUUAUUGAAAUCAUGAAAAACUUGAAUCUGUCUAAACCUAAAAUGAUUGACAAGGCCGUACCAGCGAACAAAGUUUGCGGUUUGUACGAAGUCGAGAGGAAAGAGGAAAUUUAAAUAAAUAUGUACAAGUAUUGCAUGUAA